GCCUACCGUCUUGUAUUAGUGAAUUUUAAUAAUUAUGUGUAGUAUUGUGUAGUAAUUGAAUGUUAAUAAUAAUGCGAAAAUGAUUGUGUUAAAAUUUAUUUUUUUAGUUUUAUUCUUUUCGACAAGUCACUGUAGAUUACCAGAUAAAGUAAAAUGUGUCAAUGAAAAUUGUAGCAAACCUAUAUCCAAAGCUACAACCUUAAUUAAUUAUAACAGUGGAGAUCCCAACUUAAUAUCGUUUCCUGCAAAAUCUGAUGCUAUUAUUUACAUGAAAUCAGCUGGUCUGCAUUCUGAAUUAUGGUACGCCGAUAUAAACGGUCAAUCAGGAUUUGUUAACUCAAAUUUUUUAAGAGAGUAUAAAAAAAUUGCAGAGCCUGAAUUUAUUCUGCCCAUAGAAGGAGAUAAACAUCAGGCAGAUGUUAAACCUGAUAAGGUGCAGCAAGCACAUGAAAUAGUUGAAGGCACUACAAUAUUUCCAAUAGAACCACCUGUUUCUGAACAAGAUGUUACCACUCCAUCUACAAUUGUGUCCACUGAAAGUACAAUGCCAUCUUCGCAAGAACAAGUACCAAAUCAGGACUCUGUGCAAAAUGUUGACAAUGAAAAGACUCCCAAUCCAACAAAUAUUGAAACAUUUUUAAAUGAAAAUCUUGUAGGUUUGUCUUCUACUAAUUCAGAUUCAGAUGUUCCUGAGCAAAAGAGUUUGUCUCCUGUUGAAGUAGAACAAACAAACACAUCUGAAACUUUUCAGAAUAUUGACACCAAUAAUAAGAUAACAAAUGAUCAUUAUGCGCUACAAGGAGAAAGCAAUAAUAGUUUAAAUCAAAAUGCACAAACAACAAGUAACGACACAAUAAAUCAAGAUUUCAAAAUACCGAGUACAGUUACUCCAACAGAGGAGACGUCUCCUCAACAGCAAAUAUUAAGUGAUAGUGAAAAUGUAUCAGCAGAAUCUGUCAAAGUGCCUGAUAAAGUAGAUUACUUAGAUUCAGAUUUAUCAAAGUCUGAUGUUAGUGAUAUUAGUCAUCAAAAUUUAAUAUUACCAGCAAGUAUAAUCAAUAAUAUUGAAGCCAAAAAAGAGCCUCUUGAUAAUCCUAACAUAGUAAAUAAUAUCGAGGACCAUACGGUCAUAAUUCCGAAACUUUCUGACAACACACCACAAGUGCCUGAAUCAAAUCCCGAUAUAAUUAUAGAUAGUGAAACAAAUAAAGUUAAUAAUGUACUUAAUAUGAAUGGAGAAGACACCACUCCUCAAAUGAAUAUUCAACCAGAAACUAUAACACCACAACCACCCAUAGAACAAUUUUCAACUCAAGAUACACCUAUGGAUAAUAAAGAGCCUAUUUUACCUGUUAUACAGACUACACCUGAGACAACUACCGCAACAAUUCCAGCAACAUUCACUAACAUUAAUACCCCUGCUGAUGUUCCUGUGAAUGAUGCAAGCAGUCUAAACGUCCAAUCACUAUCUGUAGAUUUAUUAAAGGAAACUACAAUAGAAUCACAAAAUACUGUUGAAACAACCACAGAGAUUACUCAGCAAGAAAUGUUUACAACUGAAACUAAUCCACAGUCAUCUCUAGAGGAGUCUGAAUCUGUAACAACACCUGAAGUAGGUUCCAACUUCUACACUGCUUCAACCGAGAGUGUAAUUGAGCAAAUAUUUAAUACACCUACAACAGAAGCAUCUAACACCGAAGAGAAUAGUGAAAAUAUCCUAUCAAGUAUUUACACAACAAUUGCAGAUAUGUGGCCAACUUCUACAGAGUCACCUCCACCUGAGUCAAUCUUUAACCCUGAAUUUGUUAAAGAACCUGAAAUUGAUGAAACAUCACAUGAAAGUUUUUCAUUUGUAAAAUACAUCUUUCACACCUAUUACUCUGUCAUGGGUAGUAAAGAACAAUCAAAUGCUCUCUUCCCUUCAGCGGGGGAUACAUGCUUUACGGAUGAGUACUGUGAUGGAGAAACCCUUAACAAACCAAAUCGGCUGCUCACCUUCCUCUUAACUACAGCUGGCUCAGUAAUUUUGUUCAUCCUUGGCUACUACUACAUUGAAAGUAAAAGACAAGACGGUAGGCUCAUAGGUAACAUAAAUAACCUACAGAGAGAAUUGCUGUUUUCUACUAAGGAGUGUGAGAUCCUUAAAGAGGAGCUCUCAUCUACUAAAAAUAAACUGGCUGGCAUUGAAGACAGCUCCUUUGGCAUGGAUGACAUGGUUCAAUCAUUGAAAGAAGAAAUACAAGAGUUAAAAGAAAACAAUGAAAGACUGCGAAAUUCAUUAGACGACAACGAAAAAUUAUUAAGAGUCUCAGAAAACACAGCCGGAGAGUUACAAAAUACUUUAGGAGAAGUUGAAAAUACUCUUAGUGAACUCUUAGCUGAAAGAGCUCACUCUGAAGAGCAAAUAGCAGAGUUCAAUGGUAAAAUACAAGCAUUUGAAGAAGAAUUAGUAUCUGUUAGUCGAGAAAGAGAUAAUUUCCAAUUAAAAUAUGUAUCGGCUGAAACUGCACUAGAAGAAUUUAAAAAACAAAAAAAAGACCUGGAUGAACUUAAUCAAAACUUGAAAGAUGCUCACAAUAAGAUUGAAUUACAGAAACAUGAAAUUGCAGCACUUAAAGAUGCAUUAAAGGAACUGAAAAGUGGUUCGUUGUCUAAUACUGAUGUAACUUCACUGAUAGACCACACAGAAAUUAAAGCUAAAUUAUCUAAAGCAUUAGAAGAGAAGAAUACAUUUAUGACCAAAUAUGAGGCAGAACACAAGGAGAGGGCUCGUAUUGCAGAAGAACUAACAACUAUCCAAGAGUCUUACAAGACAUGCAGACAGCAAACCUCCGAGGCUAUGACGAGGCUCGAAGUGCUAGGAAAAUACUUCCAAGAACGAGAGAGUGAACUUAUGAAGGAAUUAAGUACCAAAGAAGCGUUAUGGUUCAGCAAACAAGGAGAAUCGGCAAGCACCGUGGAAAAAAUCGAGUCACUACAACGAGAAGUGCAAAGAUACAAAGAGAAGUGCGACGCGCUGACGCUGGAGCUGGCGGAGCAGGAGUCGGCGCGGCGCACGGCGGUGGGCGAGGUGGAGGCGCGCGCGCACGCCGCGUGGCUCGAGGCGCGCCAGGCGCGGCGCGACGCCAACGCCGCGCGCGACGACGCCGCCGCGCUGCGCCGCAAGCUGCACGCCGCCAGCCGCGCCGACGGCGCCUUCUCGCCGCACGCGCAGGUAGCGUCCCCGUUGGAAGCAGAGGUGGGUCUGCCGGCAGCCCUUCCGCCGCCGCUGGCUUUCCUACCCCCAUUAUUACCACCACUGCCCCGCCCGCCCCCAUUGGGCCGAUUGCCUUCGCCACACCCUCCAAGAUACAACGAGCGGCGCUACUCGCCCGAUAGCCGGUACUCGCCUGAGAGCCGCUACUCGCCAGAAAGCAGAUACUCCCCCGGCAGGCGCUACUCGCCCGAGCCUAUGCGAUACUCUCCCGAGAGCCGCUACUCGCCGAGACCAAGUCGCUCCCCCUACUCGCCCAGACAAAGAAGACGAUCUACAGAUAGGUAUAAUGGUCGUGGAUCACGAUCCCGGAACGGACCGCCCGACACUGAAACAGAAUACAACUCGGACAGUCCCACGCGGAGGCAACAAGCACGGCGGUACUCCAGACACUCAGGCCCAAGUUCUGGUUCAGGAUGUUCGUCCGAGUCUGAAAAAGGAAUGUAAAAAUGUUAUGUUACCUAAAAGUUAAAUUUGGAGCCAAAUCGUAUUUUGUUGGUGGUUACGGUAGUGAGGAAUGAGGAAUUCAAUAACUCCACUGGAAAAUAUUAUUGUAUAAUAUGGUGUAGUGUUUAAUUGACAAUUGAAGAUUUAUUGUUUCGUUUGCAA